CCGCCCCGCUCCGCGCCCCAUCCGCGCCCGAUCCGCGCCCCAUCCGAGCCCGAUCCGAGCCCCAUCCGCCCGGCCAGCGCAUCCCCCAGCGCAUCCCCCCGCGCACACCCCGCUCCGGCGGAGCCCCGCGCCCGGCCGCUGCCGCUGCCCCCCGCUUCUCACCCUCCCGGCGGGAGGUGGGCGAGCGGGCGUGGGGAAUGGAGACGCCCGGCAGCAUCCUCGGGGCCGUGUGACAGCGAGCGGCGCUCAGACGCGCGCACGGAGCCGCAGCCGGAGCCCCGCAGCCGCCCUGCCCCGUCCCGUCCCGCGGGGAGCCGGCAUGGAGUGACAGCAGCCGCCAGGAGAAGCCCCAAAGAGAAACAGAGAUGGCCAAAUUGACAGAGUCGAUGACCAACGUCCUGGAAGAAGACUCAAUGGAGCAGGACAUCGAGAGCCCUGUCACUAUCCAUCAACCAAAGUUGCCCAAACAAGCCAGAGAGGAUCUGCCAAAAAACAUCAGCAAAGAAUGUGCCAAGAGAAAAAUCCAGAGGUACGUUCGGAAAGAUGGGAAAUGCAACGUCCACCACGGGAAUGUCAGAGAGACUUACCGGUACUUGACUGACAUCUUCACCACCCUGGUGGAUCUCAAGUGGAGGUUCAACCUGCUGAUCUUUGUCAUGGUUUACACGGUGACCUGGCUCUUCUUCGGCAUGAUCUGGUGGCUCAUUGCCUACAUGCGAGGGGACAUGGAUCACAUAGGGGACAGCACGUGGACCCCCUGCGUCAGCAACCUCAAUGGGUUUGUCUCAGCCUUUUUAUUCUCAAUCGAGACCGAAACCACCAUUGGGUACGGUUACCGGGUCAUCACCGACAAGUGUCCCGAGGGAAUUGUCCUGCUUUUAGUGCAGUCUGUCCUAGGUUCUAUCGUCAACGCCUUCAUGGUUGGCUGCAUGUUUGUGAAAAUAUCCCAACCCAAGAAGAGGGCAGAAACCUUGGUUUUUUCUACAAACGCAGUCAUUUCCAUGCGGGAUGGAAAGCUGUGUCUGAUGUUCCGAGUAGGAGACCUUAGGAAUUCACACAUUGUAGAGGCAUCAAUACGAGCCAAGUUGAUCAAAUCCAAACAGACAAAGGAGGGGGAAUUUAUACCACUCAACCAGACAGAUAUCAACGUAGGUUAUUACACAGGGGAUGAUCGUCUCUUUUUGGUUUCACCACUGAUCAUCAGCCAUGAGAUUAACCAGCAGAGUCCUUUCUGGGAGAUUUCCAAAGCCCAGUUGCCCAAAGAGGAGCUAGAAAUUGUUGUAAUCCUAGAAGGAAUGGUGGAGGCAACAGGGAUGACGUGCCAGGCUCGCAGCUCCUACAUCACCAGCGAGAUCCUCUGGGGCUAUCGCUUCACGCCCGUGCUCACGCUGGAGGACGGCUUCUACGAGGUGGACUACAACAGCUUCCACGAAACCUACGAGACCAACACCCCCGUCUACAGUGCCAAAGAGCUGGCAGAGAUGGCCAGCCGAGCAGAACUGCCCCUCACAUGGUCUGUUUCCAGCAAGCUGGACCAGCACGCCGAGCUGGAAGCGGAGGAGGAGGAGAAGAACCAAGAGGAGCAAAACGAAAGAAACGGAGACGUGGCCAACUUGGAGAAUGAGUCCAAAGUGUAGAAGCAAGAGGAGAAAUAAAGGCCAUGCCACCUCCUUUAUCUCCUCCCUCUCUGCUCCCUGCUCCUUUCUGCAACACGCCUUUAAUUUCUUUUUUCUCUUCCUGCCAUCGGUAACUCACGGGAAAUAAACAUUUUAGAUGUGAGAUCCCAACGUCGACCCAAGAGAUUCCCAGACUCAGCCAAGGCGUGGGCUGAAGCUGCUGCACCCAUCAGGGAUGGGGGAAUCUGCCCCUGGCAGUGACUGAUGGCAGUGCAGACCUCCAGGUUUAUCCCCACCAACAACACAACAAACCACCCCUGAUGGCAAAGGAAACGCAAGGGAUUUCAAUCAAAGACUAAUUAAUGCUCAUCAGAACGGGCUUUGACUGAGGGUUUGAUGCAUUUCAGGACAGUUUCACAGACUGGGUGACAGUGCAGUGGGCCUUGCAGCUUUCAGAGGAAGGUGAGCAGAGGGACCUGCAAUCCCUGUACAUAUGCCUUAUGUAACUAUUUCUCUCUCCAUUUAGUAAUAAACGCCGCAUGUACAAAAGUACUGUAGUAAAGAACUUCUAAAUAAUGUACACAGCUGUGUAAUUAAUGUAGGUUUAGAAACAGAGCUCUAGAAAUAUUGGGAUGCAAAAACUAACUCCCCGUCCAGCAGGCAUUUCCCUUCAAAUAUUUGCAGUGUAAAAUUGAUUUUAAUUUAUUUGUUUUCUCUUCCCCUCUCUGACUCUUCUAGUGCAUAACAUUUUCUUCAGUGUACCAGACUGGCAGCUAUUUAGAGUACCUCACUGUUGGCCAAACAGAUCGUUUCACUCACUCUAAAAAGCCAUAAGUCUGGGAGAGGGCAGGGUAGAGAAUUGUACUGCUGACAUACUGUGAAAAUGUUUACAAAUGAGGCCAAACCCUUCCUGGUUACUCUUUUUUGGGGGGGGGCAGUUCGACUGAAAAAUUGAGGCUGUGGCAAACUCAUGGCUAACCAGAAUUUCCUGUCUACUCUUCAUCCAAGGAGCAUGUGGAGGUGUUCUCCUUAAUGUGCAAUACCCAGGGAAUCUGUGGGAUUUCAGCAGUCCUUUGCUACACACAC